CCAGCUACAGGUCUCUUACUUCCCCAACAAUCGUUCCACACGCCUGCCUUUCAAUUAACUCCCACCCGCCCCGAACUCCUCCUACCCAGACACUGUGGGCAGGGAGCCAGGCGCACCUGCUGGGGGCCCAGGGUGGUGGGGCUGUGAUGAGAAAGGAAGCCGCGUGGUGACACAUGAAGCAGGGCUGCCCCCACACGAGUCCCCAGAGGAAUCUUAAGCUCCCAUUGCCCUGGGGUGUUGGUCCCAGCUGCCCCAUCCCUGCACGCGGAUGCUGCAAUUACCCAAGAGCACGAAACCUGGCUUCCCAUCUGACUGAGUCAGCUGAGAACAAAAACACAUCUCCACCGCCACAAACAGCCAAGCCACUCAUCAGAGUCCAGGAGCCACCGGCAGAGAGGGCACGGCCCCACACUGCCCCAGAGACGCAUAGGAGCCAGGCAAACACCAGGCGAGUGAGCUCGGGCCAUCUGCCGCCUGCCUGUGGAAGGAGUGCUCGCCAGCCUCACCCAGCCCGAGAAGGUCCACCUCUGCCUCCGCCGGAGCUGCCCUCAUUCUGGCUCCAGUAAGUGCUGCUUCUUCCUUCUGGGGUUUUUUCCACUGCCCUAUUCAGUAACCAGGCCAGUCCUGUCCCUGUGGGAAAAUCUUGCUGCCAGGAACUCCCAGCUGUCUGCUCUCCUGGACAAAAAAGUUCCUUCUUCCUGAGCCCUCCUCUCACCAUCCAAGAUGUGGUCAAAGGUCUGUGCUGAGCGGAAACCCCGAGGCCUCUGCUCCUAGGGGAGCCUCCCCAGCUGCUGGCACUCACUGCCCCAGCAGGGACCGCAUGCACCCUGGCUGCUCCUGAACACCUGUCUGCUGGCUCCCCUGGGCCCCAUGGAGACCUGGCGGAAAGGCUCCUUCCGCAACGCCUCCUUCUUCAAGCGGCUGAGCCUGGGGCGGCCGCGGCGGCUCCGGCGACAGGGCAGUGUGCUUAGCCAGGCCAGCACAGCGGGUGGGGACCACGAGGAGUACAGCAACCGAGAAGUCAUCCGGGAGCUACAAGGGAGGCCAGAUGGCCGGCGCCUGCCACUGUGGGGGGACGAGCAGCCCCGGGCCACCCUGCUGGCCCCACCCAAGCCCCCACGCCUCUACCGAGAGAGCUCAAGCUGCCCCAACAUCCUGGAGCCCCCACCUGCCUACACAGCAACCUACUCUGCCACCUUGCCAUCGGCGCUCUCUCUGUCCAGUGCCCUCCACCAGCACUCAGAGAAGGGCCUUGUGGACACUCCCUGCUUCCAGAGGACACCUACCCCAGACCUCAGUGAUCCCUUCCUCUCCUUCAAAGUGGACCUGGGGAUUUCACUUCUUGAGGAAGUUCUGCAGAUGCUAAGGGAGCAGUUUCCUAGCGAGCCCAGCUUCUAAAUGGGGUGAGGGUGGGCAAAGCCAGGGUGACUGGAGGAUCCAGAGGUUGGGGAUUAAAGAAAGGACAGGGAUAGGACUCCAGGCCUAUCGCUGGAAGGUUCAGACAGGCAGAGCUUCUCCAUCCUGGGGGAGGAUUCCAGGAUAGGAAUCCAGGGCUCUGCCUGCUCUCUGGGUCCUGAACAGUCCUCCCAGGCACCCCAGAGUGGAGGGACAGAGGCAAGCUGGAAAUGUCGGGGGGGGCGGCCCUUCCUGGCAGGACCCUGAAGGAAGCUGGCUAUGCCGGGAAAGGGAGGCUAUGUAUGUGCGGCAACCACAGGAACCAGGUCGAGGCUGGCAGGGCCAAAAGGUGGCACGGGGUCAGGUCAGGAAGUGGGAGGACACAGACUGGGCAGAGGAGAUGAGAGGCCUGUGCCAGCCUCUUGGGAAGCCACUGUCAACAGAGAGAGGUCACGGGACAAGCCUGGGUAAAGGCAGUCCAACCCAGGCAGAAGAGGAAAGUGGGAAGGCCCGGGAAGAAAGGGGAGAAGGCCUGACCCGGUCUACUCUGGUGGCCACUCACUGCAUGACACUGAAUUGAAAUUAAAUAAAAUUAACAAUUCAGUUCCUCAGCUGCGCCAUUAUUCCAGAUUCCACAUUCCAAAUGCCCGGUGGCCACACAUGAUGAACGGCUACCACACUGGCCAGUGCAGAAUGGACGUAAACAUCGCUGCACAAAGUUCUAAUGGACGGCGCUGGCUAGACCAUGGCCUGGAGCCACCAGCAAAGGCGAGACGCAUACAGGGGCUGGCCACGUAGGAAGAGAUAGGUAGAGAGAGAGUAUAACUCAGGAAAAAGACCAGGCAAAUCCUUAGCAGAAAUGAGGACGUGGCUCAGUCUGCCAACACAGCUACCUGGAGCAAUCCCUGGUGAAGGAAGGCAGCUCUAGAGAAUGCCAGCCAAAGGCACGUGCACGGCUUGCAAAGGGGUGCUUUGGGGAAUUCCCAGAAUUAUUAGUGAUGGGAGCCCUGGCAGAUUUCCUUCCUCGAAGAGAGGAGAACUGGAUCCAGGGAUGGGCAUUCAACAGCAAAGCGGCACAGCUGGUCUCCAGAACCGUCUCCCAGGAUUAGAGAGUUCUGCCGCCUGAACCCUCCGAUGAUGGACCUGCCAACCAGGCCAAGCCCACUGGGUCAAAGCCACAGGCUGUGCUACGGCCCCACCCCAUGGCCUCACCAGAACACAGAAACCAGAGCUCAGCAGCACUGGCUGGGCCAUGUGUUGGUGGACCCCAGGACUCGCUAAGAGUAGCAAAGGGGAGAGGGAAGCUCCGGCACACACCAUUUCUACGACCUAAAUCGGUGGCCUCCCUCCUUCCUCCCCUUGUGUAUAGGUACCGAGCUGUGGGUACAGGAGAGAAUGAAUACAAUUCUAACACAAUCUAUGGAGUGUUAUCUGGGGCUGUGAAAUGCUGAGACUUGAAGGUGGGAAUGAGGUCUCUAAAGCAGGGCCCUGAGUCAGGCCCAGGCCAGUUCGUUUCCCUCCAUCCAGGAUCUGGGACACACUUGCAGAAAGCUGCUUUCCAGUCACCCCAGUCAAGUGGAGGAGCAGGCUGGUGUGGGUAAAGUAAUGAGAGCAGCCUCCUGCCAGCCUGCUGAGGGUCUGUGGACACACCAGACAGGCCCUAGGCCACUGCAGAGAAGGGGAGAACCAGGUUGCUAGAUCUUGCCCCCAAAGCAAUCUGUUCCACCAAGGUGGGGACAGGUGUGGCCAGGAGCCCCACAGCCCCAGCCUUUGUAUCCAGGCCAAAAGACACCAGGGCCAUGGUUGCGGGUUGGGGGUUACACACAAGCUGGAAGGUCUACACUUCACCCAGGCAGGGCACCCAGACUCUGGGCAGGCAGCACCCCGUGUCAGC